AUGAUGCUCUCCAGCUGCUUCAGGGGGACUGGGCCCACUGCACGGGCAGGGUUCGUCAGAGGUUUGCAUCUUGGCGCGCCUAAUCCAGGUUCGGUGAUCAACGACGAUGCUUACAACAAUGUCUCUCCAUCUGUGGCAGCCAAGAUCGGUAAAGACUUGCAUCGGUGCUCUGCGCAUCCUCUUGGCAUCAUCAAGGAGAGGAUUGAGCUCUACUUCCAGAAAAAUACGCAGGCGCUCGGACAGCCGCAGUUCAAGGUUUUCGACGACUUGCCUCCGAUAGUUACAGUCGAGCAAAAUUUUGAUGAGCUACUGAUACCGCCAGACCACGUCAGUCGACAGCCUUCAGACACCUACUACGUUGACGCCCAACGAGUUCUACGAUGCCACACGAGCGCUCACCAAACGUCUCUGUUACGGCAAGGGGAAGACCGGUUCCUUGUCUGUGGAGAUGUUUACAGGCGGGACGAGGUGGAUAGUACGCACUACCCUGUGUUUCAUCAGAUGGAGGGAGUGCGUAUUCUCACCGAGGAAGAGGCACCGGCGAGGUGGGACGUCAGCCAGAGAAAGGAGAUCGCGAGCAAGGAUCUAAAGCGCGGCCUCGAAGGCCUUGCUACGAAUUUGUUCGGGAAUGUGGAAAUGCGCUGGGUCGAUGCGUACUUUCCUUUCACCACUCCAUCGGCUGAACUGGAAAUUCUCUUUCGGGGGAAGUGGAUGGAGGUGUUGGGUUGCGGGGUGAUCCAUGAUGAGGUUAUGGACAACGCUGGCAGGACAGGCGAAGUUGGAUGGGCUUUCGGGCUAGGCCUUGAGCGGCUCGCUAUGGUGCUGUUUUCGAUCCCAGAUAUUCGUUUGUUCUGGUCUGAAGACCCCAGGUUCUCGUCCCAGUUCGAGGCGAAAACGCUCACGACGUUUCAGCCAUACAGCAAGUAUCCACCGUGCUACAAGGAUGUGACAUUUUGGCUUCCUGAAGAUAAUUUCCACAACAACGACCUCUUCGAGGUUGUGCGGGACGUGGCAGGAGAUCUUGUCGAGGAGAUCCGAUUGCUGGACGACUUCAUCCACCCGAAGACCCAGCGGAAAAGCAGAUGCUUUCGCAUUACAUACCGGUCGAUGGAUCGAUCACUAACGAACGAGGAGGUAGAUCGGCUACAAGAAAUUGUCCGCGGCUACAUCACUAGCCGUUUGGAUGCGGAGCUACGGUAGGGAAAUCGGACAGUCGUCUUUGGGUGUUGAUACUCAAGGUGAUGAGGUUUUCUCUCGCAGAAGGCGCCUCGUUCUUGCUGAAACUUCCAUGAUUUUGGGCGCAUCUCAGUCAUCUCCUUGGGUGUGCCUUUCCUUCCUGGACGCUAGGAGCCUCUGUCUGAGGGCCUCUUCAACGUCCACCGCAGAUUUGUCACCCUGUUCGUCUUCUUCGCUUGAGGUGCCUUCGUCGCCGCUUCUUUCAGACGCCUCAGUCUUCCUGGACCGUCGGUGCUUCUUACGGUCAGAUUUUUUCCCGUGCCUACUCUUCUUAGACUUCCGCUUUUCCUUUCGACGACCUCCAUCGUCAUGUCGACUGCUGGAUAUGUCGGAGGGACUUCGAUCGCCGUUGUGCUGCACGCAGACGGCACGAAAUUAGAGGCACCAACGCAGCGUGGGGAGAGGGGGUGUAGGAACGUUCCAACAUCACAUUGUCUACCGUCGAGAACUCUAGUGAUUUGUAUGCCACCUAGGAUUCCCAAAAAAAUGCUGAAUUGUCACCCGCGGUUGGACAACGACAAGGGGUGCAUGCCAAACGCAUCAUCGAUCGAUGAUGUUUUCGUUUUCGUUUGGUGGAGGGACUCAAAAGCCAACUCGCCGUGCGAGCACCAACCAAGUUUAACCUCACCAUUUCAGAGUC